AUGGCAUAUUUGAUUCGCAACAUUGACAACGCUACACAGUUAAAAUUUUGGCCAGGUGUUAUAUUUUCGUCUGAAUUAGAACAAUAUAUUGAUGAAUUAGCAGAUGUUCAUUCAAUUCAUCCUGAUGCACUUGCAAUAAUUCUUAUUAACUGUGUCGCUUGUACCCUUGAAUUUUCGUAUGUUUUACAUGGAAACUCCUUGAAUCACAAAAUUCCAACAAAUCUAUAUAAUAUUAUUAUAGCGCGAUCUUCCUAUGGAAAAUCUGAACUGACGCGUUUGCUGCGUGACAUGUUGAAGACCGUUGUCAUACAUCGUCCAUCAAAGUUCCGAUCAAAUAAUCAUGUUGCAACUAACCAGCAAUAA